AUGACAAGUCUUAAAUACUUUAAGGACGAAAAGGAAGAAUACGACCCUUACACAAAGGAAGAGACUAACGUGUCGGAAGUUGUGGACUGCUCAGACUAUCAAGUGGAGAGGAAUCUAGAGGGCAGCCCCGAGAACAGAAAUGAGGCGUUGAGCAACGACGGAGACCCGCAAGCAGACAACUCAUCCAAGUUCACGAGCCUGUUCAGCGAUUUGGACGACGAUCUGCUCGACUCAAUAGACAAGUACCUGUACAAAGCCGGCAUUAAGAGAGAGUCGGAUGUGCUGCUGGAUGACCUGGAGGAACCUUUGAAGGAAAGUCAGCCAUUAGCAUCAGGAAAGAGGGCUAAAAGGAAGAGUAAAAAGGAGGAAGACGGGACGAAUGGUACCGGUAGUGGAGGGGAUAGCGAUGUCGCUAAGGGAGGUGGUAGUGAUAGUGGUAGUGGAGGUGGUAGUGGUACUGGCAAUAGUACCAAUGCUAAUGACGCUAUUAAAGAGGGCAAUGACGCAACCGGAAGAACCUGGUCUGAAAAGCUAAGUAGGAUUGGCAGCAGAAGGAACAGCUUUGAGGAGGACGAAGUGAUAAGCAUAACUGACACCACACCGCCGAAACUAUACACCAUUACAACGAACAUUGACACCGCACCCACAGACGAAGCCGCCAUUCCAGCAAGCUUAAACUACGAGGAGGAUCUGCCAAUCAAAAAGUCGAGGCUAAAAAUAAUUCCAGAUUCCCAAAGAUAUACGUCUUCAGACAGUGGGACGGUAAAAGAAGAAUUCGCACUCACAUCGAUGGAAAUUUGUGCUUCAACAGGAAAGUGCUCCUGCAGCAGUGCCUGUGACCACACUGCCUGCAACUGCAGUCACCACCACGCUUGCCACAUGGGCUGCGGAGUUUGCGGAUUCGACCUCUUGGGGCACAGACUGGCGUCCAGUGCAAAUGGGAGCAAUGGAGCACAGGGAUCGCACGGUAUGACAAGCACUUUAUUUCCAAGGAGUAAGGAUGGAAUUACCAAGUCGGUUGCCAGUGAGGAUGAUCACAGUAACGUGGCAACGCCGAAGAAUAAAUACGCGGACUCAAAUGAUGGAAAAAGAGCAAAUGUGACCAGUCCGAGUGGAGUGAGAACAAACGUGUCAGGCUCAUACGACUCAGACUCGAGCGAGGAAGAAGAGGACGUGGACGAGUGCAUAAUAUGCAGCGAGUCGAUGAAGAGUGAGUUGAAAAAUGAAAUAGGAGUGCUGGACGUGUGCAGCCACAUCUUCUGCUUCAAGUGCAUUAAGAUGUGGUCGGACAGAGCGAACUCGUGUCCACUGUGCAAGAGGGAGUUUGCACACAUAAGGAAGGUUAACCUGUACAACAUACAGGACCUGAUAGAAAAGUACUACCUGCUGACAAGCGCAACAGCCAAUGCCGGCACUAGUGCAAGUGCCGGCAUUGGCGGCAGUGGCAUCUUCGGAGUGGAGGUGACUGGAUCAGUUGGGCCGACGAGCAGCGCAGAAAGAAGAGAAAACAAGUACUGGAGAGAAAGAAGGCUGCGCUGCAUAAGGAAAAAUAAAAUAUCGAAGCUGAAGAAGAUAAUACGAGAAAUGAUUAACUGGUAUGACCUGAUACCGUCACUGAAAGUUAAAGUGGACAGAAAGAAGCUGCAGGGAGAGGAAGAGGACGAAGGGUGCGCAAUAUGCGGAAACGACGAUAACUGGCCGCAGCUGCUGCUAUGCGAUAACUGCGACAAGGGCUACCACAUGUACUGCCUGGACCCGCCGCUGACAGAGGUGCCACCAAACAACUGGUACUGCGCACAGUGCAACAUGGAAGCAGGAGUGACCAUAGCAGGAGAAACGUAUGGCCUAAGAAGAGGAUCGACAGGAACGAGUGGAAGGUCAGAGUCGACGAGAGGAAGAAGAAGUAGAAGGCAUAAUAGCACCACAACGGAGAGCACGAGAGCCACAAGGAGAAGUAGAAGUACUAGAGCAAGCAGCAGAAGCCUACUGGACACAUUAUUGCAAGAGCAAGCAGAGGAACUGGACAUGAUGAGCCUAGAAGGAAGGAGCGGGUCAGGGAUAGUGAGUAGAGACAGCCUAGAAAAUAUUAUCAGAGACAGCAUAAUAUCGAUCAGCAGCACGGCAACUAACCCAAGAACAAGCUCACUUAACACAGUGGCGACGUCAGGAAGAAGGCCCAGAAGAAGAGGAGCAGAAGCAGAGGCGCUGGAGGAGGAAGUGAGAACUAAUUUGCUGUCGCAGGUGUACAUGGGACUCAACAGAAGCAUUAACAUAGAAAGAGGAUCUAACAGAGUUUCUGAAACGAUGGGCACUACAGGAGGUAGUUUCGGAGAAAGGAGCACAAGUAUCACGAACAGCAUCCUGACGAGAGACUUUAACCCGGACAUAGUGAAAAGCAAUGCUGCCAGGGACUGGAGAACAAACAGAACGAUGACGCCACCCUCCACAUCCAUUGCAUUCGAAGAUGCAAACACGGAGAACAUAAAGGAGACAGUGAAGGGGAGGCUGAGGAGGUUCAACUUUAAAACCAAGAACGUGGAUCAGCUGAUAAAGGAGUCGCUGGAAAGCAUAGACAACUACCUGGCGUUCAACACAGUGCCCGCAGCAGACAUUGACCUAAUCAGUCAGACAACAUCCACGUCCACAAGCGCACUCAACAGGGCAAGGCUGUCAGCACCAACAGGGAACACAGAGAGUGCCCCAACGGGAAGUAGCACGGCAAACAGCAUUCCGAGCGUCACAGAAGACGCUCGGAAUGCGGCAACCGGAAGAGAAAAAAAAUAUACAUCAUUCAUAUAUAGAUAUAAGACGAUAACGAGCGACUACCGCGAGAGACCGAGAAGCCAGAGCAGAAGGCAGGAGCCGUACAUCAACGGGAAGACCGUAAAAUACCUGUUUUAA